AUGGGAGAAGGACAGACGUAUUUUACCGUCGUUGCGUAUUUCACCGCGCUGGUGGCUGCGAGCAGUGAUGCUUUUCAGUUUACAAACCCAGACGGUUGCGGACACGAUGUGUCCCACUCCAGCGUCAUGAUGCGUACGACCCAGCGGGCGCAGUCGUUCUGUGCCCUGCGCUGUUCGCAAGACCCAUCUUGCCAAGGUUUCAACUGGCAAAGAGAACCCGAGAACGGUGUCCAUUCGUGCGAGCUCGUGGACGCGGCAUCAGAUGAACAUGGCUCUCAUCUAAACGUCAACUUGGGGUUUUCUUACAUGGAAAAGUCCCAGUCAGGCUUCCAGUCUGCCACUACAACAUGCAGAAAGUUGAAAACGCGAGAUUGUUUGUGUCCGGCUGGGUACUCUCAGAUGGGGUGCUCUUGCUAUAAGUUCAACUCUGCACAGACCGAUUUUGAAACUGCACAAGCAAGUUGCCGUUCAGAUUCCCCCUUUUCUGAUAUAGUUUCCAUCGACAGCGCAGAAGAGACGCUGAUCCUAAAACAGUUGGUACUAUCAUCUGAAAGCGGAGACGCCAAUCAAUUUACUCUGCACGAUGCCUACGACUUCGAUGGCGACAACCAGAAUUAUGUCCACUCCAGUAAAGGCAACGCGACUUUAAGUUAUAUCAACUGGUCGACGAAUGAACCAAAUAAUGCCAAUGAGCUCUGCGUUGCGUUCACACCUAAUUCAGGUGUUUGGUUUGACGUGCCAUGCAGUUGGACAACCCUUCAAUCCAUCUGUGAAAUAGAUAAAAACUUCAAUGGCUGUAGUUGCUGA